AUGAUCCCUGGUUCCCAGCGUGAGUCAUUGUUAAACUGCAUGGUGCAGGGUCCCCAGCUGCUGGUCAAACUGUCCCUGUUCAAGCCUGGAGUGUGGAGCCAUGCUCUGGGGAGAAUCCUCAGCAAAGUCCAGCGGAGUGGCUUCACUGUGGUGGGCCUGCAUGUGCUGGUUCUGGACAAUACCACAGCUGUGUCACUGGCAUCUGCUGCAGAGAAUCAGGACCCCUCUGCUGUAGAAGCCCAUGUCCAGUACUUGAGCUCUGGGCCUUCCCUGGCUUUGUGCCUGCAGAGGGAGAAUGCUGUGAAGAGGCUACUGGACGUGCUGGGACCUGAGGACCUGCCCAGGCCCGCGCUCAGGACCAAUUCCUCUGGAGAGCCUGUUACAGCUCAGACCAUCUACACAGCGGCAUCUAUGGAUCGAGGAGCUAUCAGAGAGCUGUUCAGGAUGUGA